AUGGAUAAUAGGAUGGAUAAUAUGGAAAAAGAGAUGAAAUCAGUACAAGAAGAUAUGAGUUCAGUCAAAACUGAUGUGGGGAGUCUUAAGGAAUACUUGACCGAGAUGAGAGAAUUGUUGAGGUUGAGAGACGAGAGAAAGGAGAAACGUUACCGUGAAAAAGAGAAAUCCCAGUCAUCGUUUGAGCGUACAGAUUCUGGUGGUGGCCGCAAACGAGAACAAGACACAAUCGGGGAUAGUGGGAAAGGGGAAAAGAAAACCCAAAAGUUGGAGUUCCCAAUUUUUAGUGGAGAGGACCCUUUUGGGUGGACUUUUCACGUCGACCGAUACUUUGCUAUCAACAAAUAUGGACCAUCGGAGAUGGUGGAGGCAGCGGCUAUUUGCAUGGAGGGCAGGGCUCUAAAUUGGUGCCAGUGGGUAGAAGGACGAGAUCCUUUUAAGACAUGGGAAGAGCUCAAGGCUGCUCUAAUCGCGAGAUUCAGACCGUCGUUCCAAGGGUCUGCACACGAGGCGCUGGUGGCUCUGAAACAAAUCUCCACCGUGACUGAAUACAGGGAAGAUUUCGAAGCCCUUACAGCAGCAUUGAAAUAUUUAGGAGAGGAAUUAUUAAUGGGGGUUUUCAUCAAUGGGCUUAGGGAAGAAAUUAGAGCGAAGUUGAGAGUGUUGAGGCCCAGUUCUCUCCAAGAAGUCAUUAUCGUGUGGAGGAAAAAAAUUGGAUGCGAUGAAAAAUUUGGCCCUAAUCAUCGCUGUCGAAGUAAGUCACUACAGAUCCUAUUAGCUUUGGAGGACGAUAGUGAUGAGAAGGCCGAAAACCCAUUGGAAAAUGACGAUAAUCCUAGCCCAAAUGGUGACGACUUAGCACUAUCCAUGAACUCCAUCGUGGGUCUAACAUCAGAUCACACUUUGAAGGUAAAGGGGCAGAUUGGUAAUACUGAGGUUGUGGUGUUGGUUGACAGUGGGGCAUCCCACAACUUUAUUUCACAGGAUUUAGUAGAGAGGUUAGGACUUACAGUGGAAAAAGGGAAACGAUUUGGGGUGAUGGUAGGAAAUGGAGUCACGAUAAAAGGGGAAGAGUUGGGGGGUGCCGACGUGAUUUUGGCCAUCACGUGGUUGAGUUCCUUAGGGGAUGUUUGUGCCAAUUGGAAGAAGUUGACCAUGAAGUCUGAAUUAGAAGGGGUCGGGGUCAGUUUACAAGGGGAUUCGUCUCUGGUAAAGUCUGGUGUCUCCCUGAAGUCAAUGUUACAGUCCAUCAACAGCACUGGGGGAGGGUUCCUGGUAGAAUGUUGUUCAAUUGAAGAAAAGCCAAUUCACCUAGACGAAGAAAUCAGUCCGCAGGUUCAGGCAGUUUUGGAUGAGUAUCGGCAUCUUUUCGACCAGCCCUCCAAACUUCCUCCACACCAUCCCCAUGACCAUGCCAUAAACCUUAAAGUAGGCGCCCAAGCCCCUAACAUUAGACCCUAUAGGCACCCAUAUUUCCAGAAAAAUGAAAUUGAAAAAUUGGUGGAAGAAAUGGCCCUAAAUGAGAUAACAGUCCCCGACAAGUUCCCAAUCCCGACCAUCGAAGAACUGUUGGAUGAAUUGGCAGGGGCAACAAUCUUCUCUAAGUUGGACCUCCGAUCAGGGUACCAUCAGAUUAGGAUCAAAGACGAAGACAUUCCCAAAACAGCUUUCCGAACACAUGAGGGCCAUUACGAGUUCUUGGUGAUGCCAUUCGGAUUGACCAACGCUCCUUCAACAUUUCAGUCACUUAUGAACAGUAUUUUCAAACAGGUUUUGCCAGAGACUGGAAUACCUGGGGCACUUAAUUUCAGCACAUGGGUGGAGGCUGACCCCCAAAAAAUUGCGGCUAUGGUUUCUUGGCCCAUAGCCACCAAUGUGAAAAGUCUCUACAGAUUUUUGGGGUUAACGAGGUAUUAUCGCAGAUAUUCAACUUAUUUUUGGACAGAAUAUGGGUUUCUAGAUCUGGACUUUGCUGGAAGGUCUUCACUCUUUACUGGGCAGACGCAGAAUAUCUUUGUCCUGAAAAUUGAUAUUCUAAUGAUAUAUCUGUUUCGUUGCUACAGGUCCGAAAGGAAGAAAAUGGAAAACAAAAACGAAAAGGAAGACUUAGAGAUAAUCGAUUACAAGAAUGAAACUUGCGAUCAAGAAAUUCAGUCUUUAAGGCCGGUGCGUGUCCAAGCAGAACCUUGA